AUGGCUCUAUCAAGAGCUUGGUUUGAUCGUUUUUCGAAGGUGGUCAAGAAUCUUGGGUACAUUCAAGGACAAACUGAUCAUACUUUGUUUGCUAAGCACUUUGACAAAGGAAAAUUAACCAUCUUAAUAGUUUAUGUCGAUCAUAUUAAUGUUAUUGGUGAUGAUAUCAGAGAGAUGAAUCUUAACAAGAAAAUGAUGGCAAGGGAAUUUGAGGUUAAGGACCUUGGUGCAUUAAAAUAUUUUCUAUGUAUGGAGUUUGCAAGGAGCAAAAAGGGCAUUUCCUUGUCUCAGAUAAAAUGCACUCUUGACCUCUUGAAAGAAACAGGCAUGCUAGGAAGCAAGCCUAAUAAAACUCCUAUUGAACUUGGGAACAAAGCAAAAAUGUUCAAAAGAGAUCCAGUUGACAACGAAAGAUACCAGCAACUAGUUAGCAAGCUUAUCUAUCUUUCACACACUCGACAAGACAUUGCCUUCGUUGUAAGUCUUGUGAGUCAGUAUAUGCAUAAUCCUUGUCAACAACAUCUUAAUGUUGUCUAUAAAAUUUUGAGAUACUUGAAGCAAACACCAGGGAAAGGACUAUAUUUAAAAAAAAAAACGAGUGAUCAAAAGGUAGAAGUGUUCACAAACACCGAUUGGGCUGGUUCAAUUGAUGACAGAAAGUCCACCUCUGGUUACUAUACUCUCCUAUGGGGUAACUUGGUAACCUGGCAAAGUAAAAAAGCAGUCUGUUGUUGCAAGAAGCAGUGCAAAAGCAGAGUACAAAGCUAUGGCUCAUGGAGUGUGUGA